UAUGGAAUUGGCACACCCGAUAGUACCAAAAAGAAUCAAACUACUGUGAUCCAAGGUGAAAGGGAUUCGCAGGAUGCAGAAAACUCGAAUCAAACUACAAGCACAUAUGAGGAUGAAUCAUCUGAUGUCGAUGCAAAACCUGAAGAGCCGGAAUUUUGUGACUCUGAUUUAGUGUGGGGUAAAGUAAGGAGUCAUCCAUGGUGGCCGGGGCAGAUAUUUGAUAGUUCAGCUGCUACAGCAAAGGCAAAGAAGUAUUUCAAAAAGGAAAGUUAUUUGAUUGCAUAUUAUGGUGAUCAGACAUUUGCUUGGAAUGAGGCAUCUCAGAUCAAACCCUUCAGGUCUCAUUUCUCACAUAUGGAAAAGAAGACCAAUAUGGAAGAGUUUCACCAUGCUGUGGAUUGUGCUUUGGAUGAGGUUUCUAGACGGGUAGAGUUUGGUCUAGCCUGUUCUUGCAUUUCCGAGAAAGCAUAUUCCCAGAUUAAAACUGAGAUAAUUGUUAAUGCUGGGAUCCGGGAAGAAUCUAGCAGACGAGAUGGUUGGGAUAGGUUUUCUAGUGCUUCCUCCUUUGACCCUUUGGAACUUGUUAAAACUAUGAAAAAAUUGGCUCGAUCACCUUCUUAUACCAACAUUUAUAGAUUGCAAUUCACAAUAUCACAGGCGCAAUUGUUAGCAUUCCAUCGUUGGAAGGGUUAUUCUCAGCUACCGGAGUUUCAAAAUCUUUGCGGAUCGUUGGAGACUGAUGCUGCAAUCCCUCUGUCCGAGGAAAUGAAGAAAUGCAGCAAACUGAUAAAAAAGGAAAUUCCUAGUGUCAAGGUUGACGAAAGGGUUUACUCUGAAGAAGAGGAGCUAGAUACCCAAUAUGUCUCAUCUUCUAAACAAAAGAAAAUCCGAGUUUCCGGCAAAAAGGAGAAAAGCUUAUCAGAGUUCAUAGCUGAAAGGCGCUUGAGUUUGCAAAUUGUUAAAAGGAAAUUGAAUAAAAAAGGUGAUGACAAGUCGAUGUCUUCAUCCCCUGCUAAAAAGCUAAAGGCUGUUGACCCUGUGUGCAAUGACUUGGCAAUGAAACAGAAUAAAAAUAAUUUGUCAACAGCAUCUGUUGAUAAGCCUCUACAGUCUAAGCAAACUUUUGGAGUUGGAGCUAGCAUUCUUAGGGUUGCAAGCCAACUUAAUGAUUCAAUAUUUUCUACACCAUUACUAAAGCAUACUGAUGGGAAAUCUCGGAAGGCUGCAGUUGGUAAUAAAAGUAAAGGAAAAUCUUCUUCUGGUAAAUCACGAGGGAAGAAGGUUCCUGAAACAGAUAUCUCCUCCUCUGAUAAGAUGCUCUCACAGCUUCACUUGGCUGCCACAGAUCCCUUGAAAGGGUACAAUUUCUUGGCCUCUAUAUUUUUUUUCUUUACUGAGUUGAAGAAUUCGAUUGCUACGGAGAUUAACAACUCUGAAAUGUCUCAAGAACAACCAAACCACGGAAAACGGUUUUUCGCUGCUAAAGCAUGUGCCAAUGUGGAUACUGAACAGAAACAUGCAGCUGUAGAUGAAAAUCUUGGAAUGGAAGCAGAGGAUCGAUCUCCAACUUCUUUGAUCCUAAAAUUUUCAGACAUAGAUACAGUUCCUGCAGUAGAAGAACUGAAUAAGGUAUUUAGCCGUUACGGUCCUUUGAUUACGAGAGGGACUGAAGUGUUCAGAAAGAGCAUACAGGCCAAGGUGGUUUUUAAAAGGCGAACGGAUGCAAUGGCUUUCAGCAGUUCUGGAAAAUACAGCAUUUUUGGACCCUCACUCGUUAGUUACCGCCUCAAGCCUCAAGCGACUGGCUUCCACGCCAAGUAAAGCUUCCCAAGGUGGUGGUAAGGAGAAGAGUGGAUGGAAAAAAUGGAGAUUAAAAUGCUCUGCUUCAUGGUCAUGGGUUCGAUUCUAGUCAAGUUGAUGUCCAGAGAGAGAGGUUAGCUUAAGCAUUCACAGGGGAAGGUUUGAACUUGUAAAUGCUAUUGUUUUACGAGGUUAUAUUAAAACAUUAUCGAUGGUGGUUGGUUAUAUUAGUUGAAAAUGAUGGGAUCAAACAGUUGGCAUAGCCACCAAAUUGAUAGUGCAAGUGGGUUAAUUUAUAGGACUGACCACUUUGCUUAAUUUUUAUUUGCAGUAGGUUUGAGAUUCAAAUUUCA